CUGAGCCUGUCUCUAUCCCCUGUGUUCACUGAGCCAGUCUCCAUCCCCUGUGUUCACUGAGCCAGUCUCCAUCCCCUGUGGACACUGAGCCAGUCUCCAUCCCCUGUGGACACAACUACUGACCUAUGCCAGUGUCCAUUGUGUAUGGAGAAAUUCAGACAAAGACCUGAGCUUCGAGUCAAUACUUUAAUUUCUGAAAUGGCUGCUCAGCUCAAGAAGUUGGCUCCAGUUGAAGCCACACCCUUCACCCCAGCACAAGCCCAAACCACAACCCUCGCCAAAUCUGGAGAAGUGCCAUGUGACGUCUGUACUGAUACAAAGCUUGUGUCUAUAAAGUCCUGCCUGGUGUGUCUGGCCUCUUACUGUGAGACUCACCUGGAGCCUCAUCAGAGAGUUGCUUCUUUCAAGAAACACAAGCUGAUCGUCCCUGUGGAGAACCUGGAAGACAGGGUGUGUAAGAAGCAUGAGAGACCCCUGGAGCUGUUCUGUAGCAGUGAUCAGACGUGUGUGUGUCAGUUCUGCACUGAGACAGACCACAAGAUGCACAAGACUGUCCCCAUAGAGGAAGAGUAUAGAGAGAGAAAGACUCAGAUGAGGAAGACUAAGGGUAAAGUUCAGGAGAUGAUCCAGGAGAGACUGCUGAAGGUUAAGGAGAUCAAACAUGCAGUAGAGCUCAGCAAGAGAGAUGUAAAGAGAGAGAUAGCAGACAGCGUGGAGGUCUUCACUGCUAUGGUGCGCUGUAUUGAGAAAAGCCAGGCUGAGCUCAUUGAGGUGGUUGAGGGGAAGCAGAAAGCAGCAGAGAGGCGGGCUGAAGGGCUCAUUGAAGAGUUGGAGCAGGAAAUCACUGAGCUAAAGAUAGGAAGCACUGAGCUGGAGCAGCUCUCAGAUAUUGAGGACCACCUUCCCCUCCUUCACAGCUCCCCAUCCCUCUGUACUACCCUUCCACACACAAAGAACUGGUCUGAGAUCUGUGUUCAUAGCAGUGUGGGUGUGGGGACUCUGGGGAGAGUUUUGUCUCAGCUGGAGGAGACCCUCGGUAAAGAGAUGAAAAAUGUGUGUGUUGCUGAUCUGAAGAAGAUACAGUAUGCAGUGGAUGUGACUCUGGACCCUGAUACAGCAUAUGCCAAACUCAUCCUGUCUAAGGACAGGAAACAAGUGAGAUAUGGAGACAAAAAGCAGAAUCUCCCUGCCAACCCAGAGAGGUUUGAUUAUCAUACCCGUGUUUUAGGAAAGGAUGGGUUCUCCUCGGGGAGAAUCUACUAUGAAGUUCAGGUGAAAGGGAGGACUUUGUGGGGUUUAGGAAUGGCUAAAGAGUCCAUCAAUAGGAAGGGAGUGAAUCUAUUGAGUCUUGCCAAUGGAUACUGGGCUUUGGGGCUGGAGAAUGGGGAUGAGUAUGAGGUUUGCACUGGGUUUUAUGUCCCCCUCACCCUGAGAGAGAAGCCCCAGAAGGUGGGGGUGUUUGUGGAUUAUGAGGAGGGUCAGGUCUCCUUUUACAACGUGGAGGCCAGGUCUCAUAUCUACUCUUUCACUGGCUGCACCUUCACUGAGAGACUCCACCCACAGUUCUCUACAGGCUAUCAUCCUUCCAACACAACUCCUCUUAUCAUCUCUCCCAUCAAGUCUGACUGAGUUUAGGGAACAGGGAAUUCAGUCACACAGACACAAAGCAUAUGCACAAUAUCACUGUGUUUAUAUUUGUACAUUCAUUAGAGAAUAUGUUUGUAUAUGUUUAUCAGCUUAUUUAUUUGCAUUCUGCUGGUAUCUUCUCUGAUAUCAUAACACUGUAUAUUACAAUGAAAAUAUAAAAGUUUUACAUUUGAGUCCAUGUGCAAUUUCUCCCUUGGAUUUACCAACUAUGCAUACUGUCAGAGCCGGUCCUGACCUCCCUGGGGCCCUAAGCAAAAUUCUGCUAAGGGGCCCUCCUACCUGACCCGUGUGGCAUGUAAACCAUUUGCCAUUGCCACACAGUCACACCUGACACCCCAGUGCUCCCACUACAAUCAUCCCUCCCAGUGGCGGUUCAUUCAGACAUUUGGAACAACACAAAUAAAUAAUCAUAACAUUUAAAACUAUAUAAAUAUAAAUAUAUGUACAAAAAUAAGACUCAUAAAUAUCAAAAAAGAAGUAACAGAGACAAAUAGAAACAAAUUGUAGUAUAUAAAUACAAAUAAUAUAGUGAUCAAAUCAAAUUCUUACACUAUUCCCCUAUUGCUAACUGUAACGUCCGGGGUGUGGUGGGUGAGAAGUCAGGCGCAGGAAGCAGAGUGUCACACCCUGACCUUAGUAUUCAUUGUUAUUUUGGUUAGGUCAGGGUGUGACAUGGGUGAUGUAUGUGUUUUCGUCUUGUCUAGGGGUUUUGUAUGUUUAUGGGGGUGUUCUCUAUCUAGGUGUAUGUCUAUGGUCUAUGGUUGCCUAGAUUGGUUCUCAAUUAGAGGCAGCUGUCUAUCGUUGUCUCUGAUUGUGAACCAUAUUUAGGCAGCCAUAUUCUUUGGGUAUUUUGUGGGUGAUUGUUCCUGUUUCAGUGUGCCAGUGUUUAGUGUUCACGUUACGUGUCGUCUUCGUUCAUUUUGUUGGUUUGUUGUUUUUGUUCAUUGUUUAAGUAUUCCCAUUAAAUAUGGAUUAUAUUCACGCGGCA